GUGUCUUGCCGUGCUGUAACGUGCUCUCUGUCUUUGUAUAUAAAAGUAUCUCCCAUGUGUUUUAUGUUUUUUAAUUUUGUUUUUUAUGACAAAAAAAAAGAAAUUAAUUUAUUUUAGAAAUGUCUAAUUCUCUCGUUCAAAAGAGUCUGGAUAUACUAGAUUCCGAAAAAGUAGUUAAACAAGGGAAAAUAAGAAAAGCAGACAAGGGAGUAUUGGAUUUAAUUCCAGUCAAUCAUAGACUAACCUCAAAGCGGAGCAAGUCACGUAAAGAUAUAUUGAAAAAACCAAAAAGAGUCACUGUUUAUCAGGCUAAAAAGCAAUUAGAAGUGAAGUCGGACCCCAUUGCAGAGAAUAUUAAAACACUUCUUUACUUUAGCAGAACUUCCUUUGAUUCCAAUACAGAAGAAAAGCUACUCGAACGUGUUGUGAAGAAUCAAUCUACCUCCAAAGAAAAAAUUGAAAAACCUGAAACUUCUGUUUUCACCGAAGAGGAUCAUAAAAACUUUCAACUUGAAUACCUGAACGAGGAAUAAUUGAAAAGAAAUUUCUCCAAUUCACAGUAAAUUAUGUUAGAUAGUGACCACGAAAAGGGAAAAGCUAUUUUAAUAGUAACUUCUGCAAUUUUCCUAUAUUACACCAUUUGGGUAAUUGGCCUCCCAUUUAUCGAUGACAAUCGCCUUAGAUAUUUAUUUUUUUCCAACAACACGGCUAUAAUGAUACCGGCAAUUACCGGAUUUUGUUUAAUUGGUGGAUUAAUGCUUUUUACUGCGUACCACAUAAGGCCUUAUCUUAAUAAUCGAAGAAUCACAGAAAAUAAAAAUAAAUAGUGAUUUGAUUUGAAUAAAAUUAAGAGAGAGAGUGAAAAAAAAUUAGAUUUCUAUUUUCAUAGAAAAAAAAAUUUUCUUUUUUAUUCUUAAAAUUCCCGCGCUGAUAUUAAAUACCGAAUAUAUUUAAUAUCGAGUUUACCAUCUUGUAUACGAGGCGUAAAAAAUUAUGUAAUUUGAUUUAUUAUCAAGGGUAACCUUGAACUAAAUAUUCUUUUUAAACGUUUGCCCACAGCUCUUUACUUUUUUAUUAAAUUAGCCGCAGUAUUAUUU